AAGUCCUCGUCUUCUCUCUCUCUCUCUCUCUCUCUCUCUCUCUCUCUCUUUCUCAGAAAUCUCUCUCUCUUUCGCACUUCUGCAAAUGGUUCUCUUCUUCGUUUAAGCUCGAAUCUCGCCACUUAGAUUCCAAAACGGGAAAGAUCUCUCCACCUUAUUUGGAAGAAGAAGAAGAAAAGCUUCACCAAUAUAUACAGACUAGAUCGGAUCCAUAAAUCGGAAGUUUUUUUUUUUUUUAUAAAAAAGAAUCAAUAAAAAUGGAGGAAGAGAAAGCUACUGCUGCGCAGAGCUUAAUCGAUGUAGUUAACGAGAUUGCGGCGAUUUCCGAUUACAGGAUUACGGUGAAGAAGCUUUGUUAUAAUCUAGCGAGGAGAUUGAAGCUGCUUGUUCCUAUGUUUGAGGAAAUUAGAGAAAGCAACGAGCCGAUCAGCGAAGUUACUUUGGCUAAUUUGGUUGGUUUGAAAGAAGCGAUGAGUUCUGCUAAGGAUUAUCUCAAAUUCUGCAGCGAAGGGAGCAAGAUUUAUCUGGUCAUGGAGAGGGAACAAGUGACAAGUAAAUUGCUGGAGGUGUGUGUUAAGUUAGAACAGUCUUUGAGCCAGAUUCAGUAUGAGGAUCUCGACAUUUCGGAUGAAGUUAGAGAACAGGUUGAGCUGGUUCUCAGCCAGUUUAGGCGAGCGAAAGGAAGAGUAGAUGUAUCAGAUGAUGAACUAUAUGAAGAUCUUCAGUUGCUGUGUAAUAAAAGUAGUGAUGUAGAUUCUUAUCAGCCUGCCCUAGAGCGGGUUGCAAAGAAGUUACAUCUUAUGGAGAUUCCUGACCUAGCUCAAGAAUCAGUGGCUCUGCAUGAAAUGGUUGCUUCGAGCGGUGGAGACGUCGGUGCAAACAUUGAGGAGAUGGCAAUGAUUCUGAAGAUGAUUAAGGAUUUUGUGCAGACUGAGGAUGACAACGGCGAGGAGCAGAAACUAGGGGUUAACUCGAGAAACAAUGGACAAACUUCUACGGUAGCAAGUCAGAAGAUACCCGUGAUUCCUGAUGAUUUCCGCUGUCCGAUAUCGCUGGAAAUGAUGAGGGAUCCAGUUAUUGUUUCAUCAGGGCAGACCUACGAACGCACCUGUAUUGAGAAGUGGAUAGAAGGUGGACAUUCAACAUGUCCAAAAACACAGCAGGCGCUAACAAGUACAACCCUCACACCAAACUAUGUUCUCCGUAGUCUCAUAGCUCAGUGGUGCGAGGCCAACGAUAUUGAGCCUCCAAAGCCACCAAGCAGUUACAGACCUAGAAAAGUAUCGUCAUUCUCGUCUCCAGCAGAAGCAAACAAGAUCGAAGAUCUAAUGUGGAGACUCGCUUACGGAAACCCCGAGGACCAACGGUCUGCAGCUGGAGAAAUCCGCCUUCUUGCAAAACGAAAUGCAGACAACCGCGUGGCCAUAGCUGAAGCUGGAGCCAUACCUCUUCUCGUAGGCCUACUCUCAACUCCUGAUUCUCGUAUCCAAGAACAUUCAGUAACAGCUCUUUUAAACCUCUCCAUAUGUGAGAACAACAAAGGAGCCAUUGUUUCUGCUGGAGCUAUUCCUGGUAUAGUUCAAGUACUCAAGAAAGGAAGCAUGGAAGCCAGAGAGAAUGCGGCGGCUACACUUUUCAGUCUAUCAGUGAUUGAUGAAAACAAAGUGACUAUCGGUGCCUUGGGAGCGAUUCCCCCACUCGUUGUACUGCUUAAUGAAGGUACACAAAGAGGCAAGAAAGAUGCCGCUACUGCACUCUUUAACCUUUGCAUAUACCAAGGAAACAAAGGAAAAGCCAUACGUGCAGGAGUGAUUCCCACGUUGACCAGACUCUUGACAGAGCCUGGAAGCGGAAUGGUUGACGAGGCGCUUGCAAUUUUGGCCAUUCUCUCUAGCCAUCCCGAAGGGAAGGCAAUCAUAGGAUCCUCUGAUGCAGUCCCGAGUCUAGUUGCGUUCAUUAGAACUGGCACGCCUAGAAACAAAGAGAACGCAGCUGCGGUUCUAGUCCACCUCUGUUCUGGAGACCCACAACAUCUUGUCGAAGCACAGAAACUUGGCCUUAUGGGUCCAUUGAUAGAUUUAGCUGAAAAUGGGACAGAUAGAGGGAAACGAAAAGCAGCACAAUUACUUGAACGCAUCAGCCGUCUCCCUGAACAGCAGAAGGAAAUGGCACAGUCACAAACCGAAGAAGCUGCUGAACCAGCAUCCACUACAGAAGCUACUGAUACUUAAAAAAGAUUGUUCUUUGUUUUGGUGCUCUGGUCAUCCCUUCUACGUACGUAUGUUUAUUAUUCUCACUUUUCUUUUUCCGCUACUCGAUCCUCCCUCGAGGUAGGCUUCACUGUAGAUGCAGAAGAGGAAAGAUGGCCUCCUCCUCCGAUCUAUUUUUUUUUUUUUAACUUUAUGGUGAUACCUUUGCGUGGACGGAGCAAUCCGGUUCACAGGAGAGGAAAGCAAAUAUGCAUACAUACACGUCAACUUGUAUCAUUGUAACAUUUUAUGUUUGUAAUCAUUUCCACGAGGUUUUUUGUUUUCAAUACAAGAAGAUCUCUGUUCACACCA